UGAGAACACCGUAGUUUUCCCGAGGGGUUUAUAAGGACAUAGGAUUCCAAGUUCUGUUCCUCAAAACCCUAGUACGUAGAGGAGAUCUCUGCCCCCGCUUCAGUUUCUUUGCAAGGCCAAGAAUUUCAAAUCUCUACUACAAAGAUGUCUUCCGGUGGAGAAAUCGCUUGUACUUACGCCACCUUGAUCCUUCACGCCGAUGGAAUUCCUGUCACUGCUGAGAAGAUUGCUACCUUGGUAAAGAAGGCUAAUGUUCAAUGUGAGUCUUACUGGCCCAGCCUCUUUUCUAAGUUGGUUGAGAAGAGGAACGUUGAAGACUUGAUCACCAACAUUGGCUCAGGUGGUGGUGGUGCUGCUGUUGCUGUCUCUGCUCCAUCAGGUGGUGGUGGUGCUGCAGCUGCUGCUGCACCAGCAGCUGAGGAGAAGAAGGAGGAGGCGAAGGAAGAAAGUGAUGAUGAUAUGGGAUUCAGUUUAUUUGAUUAGGAGCUCCUCUGCAGUAUAAUUUGUUCCUUUUGUGUUUUGCUUCUUAGUGUGCCGUUGAAUGGUUAGUUUAAGUUCCUUUAGAGUUUACAUAUUAGUUGUAUGACUCUGCUAUGGAGAAACUUAGAAGUAGCUCUGAUUAUUUUGUAUAUUUUAUAAAGAUAGAGACAGCACAAUGUCUAAUUUGCAGUUAGAAGAUUAUUAAUUGGCUGUGUUGGAUUUCUAUUUGUGGUUAAAUGUUUUAGAUUGGAGUGUCCUGCGAUU